ACAAACGCCACCCAUGCUGUCUACUCCAACAGCUUAUUUGUUUAUCCAGUAGAUGGGAGGAACGACUCCCAACCCUUCGGCUUUCCCUUCUCCUGUGUCUAUCCUCUGGAGACAGAGAGCAGUCUGGAUGUGGCCAUCAGACCUCUCCCACUAACGGAUCAUAAAGUUGUCAGAGUCGGUGCCAAGGCCAAGGCCUCCAUGUCUCUGUACCGCGACACCAACUACACACAGCCUUACCCAGCUGGUCAGCCAGUCACCCUGAUUGCGGGUUCCUCCCUGUACGUGGGCGUGUCCGUAGAGGAGUCCGAGGCAGAACGUUUUGUCGUUGUUCUGGAAGACUGCUACACCACGGAAUCACCCAGCCCUGAUAAUCCCCCACAGAUCUACAUGAUUCAGGACAGGUGUCCUACAAAUCGUACCCAGGUGACAGUGGAGGAAAGCGGCUCGUCCCUCAGGGCUCGCUUCUCUGCUCUACUGCAGGGGGACUACCGUUACAUCUUCCUGCACUGCAGCCUCAGCCUGUGUGACCAGAGGAGCUCCUCCUGCACUCCAGUGUGUUCCAGGAGGAGAUCCCGCUCUGUGUCCAAGUCCAUCCGCCUCAAGCCCCUCACCAUCGGGCCAAUCACCUGGGCCCAGAGUCUGGAGUGAGCCUUGGGAACCCCAGCAUAUGAAGGAUGGCAGGGGCCCAGAAUCUGGAGUGAGCCUUGGGACCCCCAGCAUAUGAAGGAUGGGUCCCUCCUGCACUACUCCCCUGAUCUCCAUCCCAACCUACAGCCCAGUGUAACUUUCAAGGGCACAGAAAUACUCGUUUAGAUUCUAAGUAAUGAAUUGAUGCACUACAGUGUGAUUUCAUUGUAUUGUGUAUGUUGUAUACACAUAGACUUGCAUUGUUUUAGGGCUGAUCAUUUCCCCAAACCUGAGUUGAUGUGUGUGUAAGCUGUGAUUUGAUGAUGUCAAUAAAUAACUCUGUAUGAUGAUG